GUGCUCUAAGAAUACAAGCUCCAGCGGAAGCCCCUAGCAUUCCACUACCUCCCUACUAUUCAUUCACGCAACCGUCACAGAAAAGGAUCGCAAAAAUACCAACCAGACGACAGUGCCUCUUCAGCAGAACCGGCAAACUGUCCGCAACGACAAAGAGCGCCCGCCAUGUGCAAACACGUCCUCAACGCCCAAGUCGCCAUCCGCUCCCCAUGUUGCCGGAAAUGGUUCGACUGUGCCGAGUGCCAUAGCGAGACCGCCGAUCACCCCCUCCUACAAAGCUUCGAGAUGACAUUCGCAUGCAAGAAGUGCAAGAAAUGCUUCAGAAAGGACGCUCGCGAGUUUGAGGAGAGCGACGAGUACUGCCCGUUUUGCGACAACCAUUUCGUACUGGAGGCUGUCACGCCCAAGGCAUCGCUCCAAGUUGAAGGCGAGGAUGUGCGCAAAGAUGCAAGAAUGCUGAAGGACGAUCGAGUCCGCGGGGAGGAGCAAAGGUCUAUAUUCAACGUCAAGGAUGCAGCAGACAGGCUCGGAUAAAAGUAUUUGGCAUCAUGUUUGGCAUUAUUGGCGUUCCUCGGGUUCUCGGCUGUCUAUCUAUCCAUAGCACGGAGUAUGCAGGAGUAAGCG